GGAACAUGUUAUUGUCUAAUUUACUACUAUCUAUUUCAAGUUUUGCUUACUUUUUUUUUCUCUUUUUAAAAAAUAAAAAUGCCUAUGACCAAUACAUUUACUAUAUCUCAACAUGGAAUAGAAUUACAAGAUCCAUUGAAUGCAACAAUGGAAAGCAAAAAACCAUUACCACAAGUUCCGAACAGUAACCGAAACUCAACACUUGUUGUUGGUCCAUCAUGGACGACUGUCACUGGCAAUAAAAUCACAGACAGCGUAGAUCUUGUCGAAUCCCCUCGUCCCAUACAAGACCCUAUUUUCCAAGAUAAAAAUCGUACCAUGGAUCCUUCUAUGGUCAUACCAAACCAACUUUAUUAUCCUUACCACGUAUAUGAACAGCCUUAUUACUACUAUCCUGUACAGCAAUCGGAUUAUACGCCAAUGUAUGGUUAUCAUCCAAGUUGGCAAGCACCCGCGCAUCAGCAUUUGCAAGGUACCAAUAUCCAGCGAUCCGACAGUCUAAAAAUAGAGACCGCUCCUGCACCUUUACGCAACAAAGUUCAGCAUUUGGAGAAACCUGAUGAGCCAUCAGCACUUCAACGCAAAGUAUCAAAAGAAGAAAUUGAUCAAGAGAGCCCCAUUGCUUCUUUGUUACUGCAAAAGUUAAAUACAUUAGUGAUAAAGUCGGUGGAUCAAGAUAGGUCUCUGGAGCCGCUCAAGGUACCAAGUACAAGCACCAUAACCACACCUUCACCUUCUUCUUCAGAGGAACAACAAAUGUCUAACAUUACAUUAACGGAUUCACAUCCAUCUCGUGUUCUUGAGCCAAUGACCGAAAAACCCACAGGCCAUGGACAAGAUGAAGAUCCUACGAUUUCAUUUUCCGCUGCAGAAAAGUAUUUUGACCAACCAAGCGCAGGAUCGACAGGCGUUCCUUCUCCUUGGGGUACAAAGCGUUCAAGUGGAAAGCACCAAAUCAAUCGUAUCUCUACUGGAUCUGUACCAACCGUGUCUGUCUUUACUGCGCGGGUCCCUGAUGAAAUUAGUGAGCAAUUGAAAGAGACACCUGCUGUUGUCAAACAACAAGAAGAACAACAGAAAAUAAUAGCUAAUCAAGAUGAAUUUCUCCAGUCGCUCAAACAUAAACCACUGAGUAUUGCGUCGUAUAGCUUAAUUCAAAUUCGUUCGAAUAUAAAAUUGUACCGUCGUAUGGCUUUCAAGACCAAAAACAAAGAUACACAAAUGACCUAUGCCAAAUACUUACUCCAGAUAUCUAAACUUUAUGAUAAAAGCUUGCGUUCUUACUCCUACGAUGAUGAAUCAGUAUCUUCUCAGAACAAAAAAGACAUGUAUGAGACACCAGUUCAAACAAGAUACCGAUUACUUAAAGAAGCUGGGUUCUGGAUAGAAAGACUUUCAAAAUCAGGUUAUCCUGAAGCGCUCUAUAUCCAAGGUCGCUGGUAUUUGUUAGGUUGCAAAAAAGCACAUGAUUGUGUUCUCCAAGGCUAUGAAAGACCUAAUGAAUCAAAGGCAUUGAAAUGUUUUCAAAGCGCUUCCAAAGGUGGCUGGGUAGAAGCGCAUUACGAACUAGCACAGUUAUGGAAGAAACGAAGACAGUUUGCCAAAGCCAUUGAAUAUUUUGAAAAAGGGGCUAAAGAGAAUCAUGCUCUAUCUGUAUAUAAAAUGGCUAAAAUUUUCUUACGUGGCCAAUUAAAGACAUCCAAAGAUAUUCCUAGAGGCAUGGCUUAUUUAAAACAAGCGGCUGAUAUGGACGAAAUCGGGUGCGCAGAACCUGCUUUUGUGCUGGGAUGUGUUUAUGCCAAUGAGUUUGAACGCAUAGGCAUUCAAAGUGCUCGUGAUCAGAAAUCCAUCAAAGAAGCCAAAUUAAAAGAAACAGUCAAUUACAGUCUUGCUCUUCAAUAUCUAAAAAAGUCGGCACAUUAUGGCUACCCUGAUGCCAUGUACUUUAUGGGACAAGUCUUUGAGGGUGGUAUGUUGGGUCAAUUAUGCGAUAUUUGGCAAGCCUAUCAAUGUUAUAUGAAAGCAGCUGAAGUCCAUCAUCCAGGAGCCAUGCUUAACUUAUCGCGUCUGUAUUGUCAAGGUAUUCCAGGUCUAUUGGCUGCACAAAAAGAAGCAGCCUUCAAAUGGUGCAAGAAAUCCGCUGAUCUUGGGUUUUGUCAAGCAGAGUUUGUUUUAGGGUAAAUAUCAAGUCAUCUGUUUUUUUUCUUAUCAGUCUUGUAUAGAAAGUAUUAUGAGGAUGGCGUAGGUGUCACACCUGAUUUCCCACGUGCGUUAGAGUAUUUUGGAAAGGCUGCAUCAAAAGGGUAUCAACCUGCAGCCGAGAAAUUAAAUCGACCACAAACAAACAACAGAGACAUGACAAAAAUUAUGCAUUAUGGUACAACAGAUAGCAAAAAGAAAGCAGCAAAGAAUUGUAGCAUCCAAUAAACCAUAUUUAAAUAAAUAAAUGAUAUCCUUAAGGAAAAUAA